GCUACCGCCCGUACCGCCCCGCCACGUCGCACUUCCACUACAGGAGCCGCGGCCCGAGGACUUCAAGCCGCACGGCCGCCCGCGCCCCGCCUACGGCUCGCCCACGCCGCCCUACAGGCCUCCGAGCUUCAGCUUCCCCAGCUACAAGCCCACCCUUCAGCUUCCACAAGCCGACGUCCUACAAGGCGCCGCGGACCACCACCCGCGCGCCCUACAAGGCCUCGGGGCCCUCCUUCGUCGCCUACAGCAUCAACCACGCGCCGGCGACCAAGGCCCCGCGCCCGACGCUCGCGCCCUACCACCGCCCCUCGCCGGGCUACAAGCCCUACAAGCCCACCUCGCCCAAGCCCUACGGCAAGCCCUCCACCACCGCCGCCAGCCACAAGCCCUCGGGACCCACCAAGCCCGUGCUGGCGCCGCUGUCCAUCCCCGUCAGGCAGUCGGGCCUCAUCCUGCCCGAGACGCCCCGCGAGGGCCCCUUCAACGUGUGGGCGCACGGGCCCGGCUCCGAGCUCCCCCGCCCGCCGCCCUUCCGCCUCCCCCACGCCUCCCUGGACGACGCCCCCGCCAAGGGCGAGAGGCGUCAGCGCCUGCAGGUCCCCGACAGCGUGGUGCGGCUCCUCAACUCCCCGCAGCCCGACUGGGUCUCCAGCCUCGAGCCCGCCCGCAGGUAGAGGACCCGCGGAGCCUCGGCCGCCGGGGUCCACGCCUCGGAUUGCAGAUUCAGAGGAGAGAGAGACGCCCGCUGACGCCCGCUGACGCCCGCUGACGGCACGCCCUCAGCUGCUGCGUGGAGAAAGGCCCCGACCGCAGGAGGGAAGCAGGCGGUCGGAGGUCGCGCUGCCACGUCACUCGGCGGAAAAAUGUUCAGUCUCUUGUGCUCAUGGUUGAAGGAUUUCAUGUUGAUGUUGCCAUAUAUGUUUUUUUUCCUUGUCCCUUCGCGUAUCGCAGGGGGUUCCAAGUGUCUGUAAAUGUGUAGAAUACAGUAUAUAUCUGUAUGCAUCUGUAUAUGUUUCUCGUUACGUACAUAUAGAAUUUAUCGAUAUAUCUGUCAAAUUGCUUUUCUAUCUAUACCUCUAUCUGUAUUUCUCCGAAUUUCUGUCUAUCUAUCUCUAUUUUAUAUUUGUCAAUCUGCUCCUCGCUCUG